AAGGGUUAUAACUUGAAGUCGCUCCACUGUCCUAACACGAAAUGUUUAAUACCGGCAAGUUCUUCGGCAAGACUGUCAUCAUCACUGGAGCAUCGCGGGGUAUUGGAAAGGAAAUAGCUUUGAAACUUGCUCAGGAUGGCGCUAACAUCGUAGUCGCUGCAAAAACCACUACUGCUCAUCCGAAAUUACCAGGUACGAUCUACACAGCAGCUGAAGAAAUCGAGAAGGCAGGAGGAAAGGCUUUGGCUUGUGUCGUUGACGUUCGCGAUGAGAAGUCCGUAAGCGACGCUGUGGAAGCGGCUGUGAAGAAAUUCGGAGGCAUUGAUAUUCUAGUCAACAAUGCAUCUGCUAUUAGUCUCACCAACACUGAAGAUACACCAAUGAAGCGAUAUGAUCUCAUGCAUUCGAUCAACACUAGGGGAACUUAUCUUAUGUCGAAGAUGUGUCUGCCGUAUUUGAAACAAGGCAAAAAUCCGCAUAUUCUCAACAUUUCACCGCCAUUGUUGAUGGAAACAAGAUGGUUUUCAAAUCAUGUAGCCUAUACUAUGGCUAAGUAUGGAAUGUCGAUGUGUGUACUAGGAAUGCAUGAAGAAUUUCGACCUUAUGGAAUUGCUGUAAAUGCCUUGUGGCCUUUGACAGCCAUUUGGACAUCAGCGAUGGAGAUGCUUAGCGACGGUUCUGGUGCUUCUGGUUCAAGAAAGCCCUCCAUCAUGGCCGAUGCUGCCUAUGCCGUUCUUUCCAAGAAUAGCCGUAAUUUUACUGGUAACUUUACUAUUGAUGAAGAGGUUUUGCGAGCUGAAGGUGUGGUUGAUUUCAAGAAAUAUGCUAUGGACCCUGAUGCACCGCUUAUGGCCGACUUUUUUAUUCCAAACAUCGAGAACUACCCAAACACUUUCGGACAAACUCCUGAGCGACGAAAAAGCAUCAACAUGCUGAAAAAGGCAGCUGUUGAGGAGGAUAUCACCAAUACUAUAAACAUAAUGAAGAAAAUGGUUUCAAAAGAAAUUGUUAAUAAAAUGUCAGCUGUUUUCGAAUUUACACUAAAAGGAGAGAAGGGAAGGAAAAUCACGCUUGAUUUGAAAAAUGGUGAAGGAUCUGUCUUGGAGAAUGGAUGUGAUGAAGCUGAUGUCAAGUUCACCCUCGCCGAUACGGAUUUUGCGCCAAUGUUCACCGGUCAACUAACUCCUACCAAUGCAUUUAUGGCUAAGAAACUACAGAUCAAAGGAGAUAUGAUGAAGGCAAUGAAACUUGAAGGACUACUGAAGAAACUGAAUAAGAGCAAAUUGUAAAUUUACAGCUAUGUUCAUAUGCAGAAAUUUAGGCAUUUCAUUAUUUUUAUUUGCCGACUAACACUAUUUAUUCAAACACUGGCUUGUUUGUAAAUCAGUCGAUUUAUAACAUUUGACCCUUCUUUUACGAGUCGCUGAUACUUGAUAUAGCUUUUUACGUUCCAAUUUGUUUUUAAUUCAGAAAAUUCGU